AUGAUCGGAAUUCCAGGGUACGUAGUUCAAGGUCGACUAGGGGCAGGUGGAUUCGGAACGGUAUAUCGCGCAGAAAGAACGAAGGAUGAUCAGGUAUGCGCCAUCAAAGUCCAAACAGAGAUAAGGUCGUCGCUAGGUGUACGACUAUUCGCCAACGAGAUUGCCACCAUGUCUCAUUUGUCUCACCCCAACAUCGUAUCUUUCAUCGAAGUCAUUACGCACGAAUCUAAGACCCAUCUAGUGAUGGAGUACUGUGACGGUGGCGACCUGCGAGGUUUGUUGGACGAUUACUUGGAAGCUGGCCAAGGCAUUUUUGAGGAGGACGUACAAUCAAUCUUUCUUCAAGUCCUCCUCGGACUUCACCACUGCCAUAGUCACCUCAAGCAAGGUUCAAUUGUUGUGCACCGGGACAUCAAACCGGAGAAUGUGCUUCUCACGUCUGGGGGGAUAGUAAAGUUGGCAGACUUUGGACUAUCCGUCACCCUUAAAAGACGAAAGGCGCAUGCGACUUCCAUAGUAGGGGUGCGUACCAUGCUUCCACACAUCUCUGCCUCGCUGAGACUGACUGUGAAAGACAAGCGGCUACGUUGCGCCGGUGGGACUGAAGCGGUACAGGAAAUACACGCAGGGCACCCUUACGGCACGGCCGCAGAUAUGUUCAGCCUGGGGUGCCUCCUGUAUGAGAUGUGUACAUUUGACAUUCCAACAGUGCACACCAACGACCAGGGCACCAUGACGAUUGAGGGUUCCAUUCCUGCCGAAUUUUCGCGUGGAAUGCAGGACAUUACUUGUCAUCUUCUCAACCCGGAGCUAUUAACCUUCCCGACCACAGGGGAGUGGCUCCAAGACAUAUUCUCCAUUUCGGAAGCUCCGAGGUAG